CAGUUUUGAUUUUGAGUCAACGGGUGUUUGACGAUUUUGACAAGUAAAAUUAGGUUCGGUUGUUUAUUGGUUAUUUACAAUUAGUGAAGUGUAAAAAUCUGUUUCAAUUUCGUGAGGCUAUUUUUGUUCUUCACUAAUUUAGAACAGAAUAAUUACACAGAGCUGCAAAAUGUCAAAAAUGAACGAUAGACAAAGUUAUUCUCAAACUUACAAACUAGUUAUUGUGGGUGGUGGAGGUGUAGGAAAAUCAGCAAUAACUUUGCAAUUUAUUCAGAGUUAUUUUGUAACAGAUUAUGACCCCACAAUUGAAGAUUCCUACACAAAACAAUGUGUAAUAGAUGAUAUCCCUGCCAAACUAGACAUUUUGGAUACAGCAGGUCAGGAAGAAUUUAGUGCAAUGAGAGAGCAAUAUAUGAGGUCAGGAGAAGGAUUUUUAUUAGUGUUUUCUGUUACUGAAAGAUCUAGUUUUGAAGAGAUUAUGAAAUUUCAUAAACAGAUUCUAAGAGUUAAAGACAGAGAUGAAUUCCCAAUGUUAAUGGUUGGCAAUAAGGUCGAUUUAGAGCACCAAAGAGUGGUGUGGCAAGAAGAAGCACAAGCCCUUGCUAGACAAUUGAAAAUACCCUAUAUUGAAUGCAGUGCAAAAAUGCGCAUGAAUGUUGACAAUGCUUUUUAUGAAUUGGUUCGAAUAGUUCGCAAAUUUCAAGCUUCAGAAAGGCCUCCAUUGAAAUCAAGUUACAACAAAAAGAGCAAGAAAAAAUGCACCAUACUUUAAAUAAAUAAGGUAGCUUUUUCUAUAUUGCACAUCACAAGAAAGCAAAAAGAAAAAUAUUUUAUUUUUAUACACGUUAGAGAUUUAUUGUAAUUGUAUCUUAUUUGUAAUUUCUAGUGCUACUGUUUAAAUCACCAGUAAAAAAAUAUUUUUGCUUUUAAGGUCUUAUCAUGAAAGAACAAUUAAUUGACUGGUUAACUGCAUAAUAUAGGCACAUUAAGAAUAAUCCCUUGAUAAGAUUUUCAAAGUAUUCAAAUUUUCAAUUAUUAUGUACUAAAUAUAUUACAGUUUUUUAUACUCCCAAGAUUACUGGAAAAAGAAAUGUGAAUAUAGAUUUUUAUUUUACAAUAUUGCAAAGUAAAAAAAAAGAUCUAACUUUUUCAUAAAUGCACAAGAAAGAACUGAAGAUACUUUUAACAAAACCUUGUAAACUGUUUUAAAUAUGUUUUAUGACUUUACAGCGACACUGCCUAUUUUAUUUUACUAGUCAACUUGCUGCAUGUGUAAUUCUAUUUUUAUACAGUUUAACUAAACACUGAAAAUAUAAGACAAAAGUAUCGCAAUUUUCUAAUAGCACAAUCAGAAUCAAUAUCAAAGCUAAAAUUCCAAUUUUGUAAAAGUAGAUUACAAUACGAAAAAAAAAUGUUCAAAUUAAGUCAAAAAAAAUAUUUCCAUGAAUACAUAAAAUAUUGAAUUACCUUUAACAUGUUUUGAGUGUAUAAUAAUUAAUCUAUUAAUAGAAGGACACUGCCAUAAUGAACAUAACAAUUUUCAUAUUGAUGAACCAAAAUCAUUAACAAAUUAAUUAUAUUGAUAGAAACACUAAAAAGGAUUACUAAAAAGUGUGUUCAUAAACAGUAAAUAAAAAUCUUUCCUUUAAUAUAUAUAUAUAUA